ACGCCAAAAGAAUGGACGGAGUAUGAACCUGUAACAAAAUGUAAACAAAAAGACUUAAAACAGCAAGGUCGUGGUAAUAAACCACAUCCCGCUGAUGAAAUUACAGACGAAGAAAUUAAUCUUUUGUAUGACGCCCAUCAAUUAGGGCCUGCCUCACCGUCACCAUUGAUAGACACUCUAUGGUUUAACAAUACCCUGCAUUUUGGAAUGAGGACUGGUGCUGCUGAACACAGAAACUUAUGCUGGGGUGAUUUGAAACUGCACUAUGACGAUGACUUGAAAUGUGAAUAUACUGAAUAUCAUGAACGCCAAACCAAAACGCACACUUGUGAAGGUAUUCGCAUUGUCAGGACAUCAAAUGCAAGAAUGUAUGCUACCGCAGUUGAAAACAGGUGCCCUGUAAUGAUUUACAAGAAGUAUGCCAGCAAACGACCUUGUGGAAUGCAAAAUGAUGACAGCCCCAUUUAUCUAGCUUCAAUAACAAAUAGUGAGCAACCAGCAGAGGAGCGUGAAAGGUUGUUCAUUUCAUAG